AAGCAUGAAUCGGGAUACCGCGAACGUUCUCGAAAGUGGGAUCUCCUCGUUCUUUAUAAACGACGAAUCAUAUGCAUAUGAAUAGUUGGCGGUGCAUAUGCGAGAAACUCGAAUGCAGCGUAAUAUACCUACCGUGACAUAUCGCUCAAUGUACGUACGAAAAGAGACUUUCGUGGGAGAAUGUAUAUAUAUAUAUAGGAAUGUGAGUGUAUUCAUUGCGUGGAGUACGGUGAGUUGCGGUGGGUUGCGUCACACAUAGGAUAGCAGCCUCGUCCGUCCAAGUGGCUGUCGUUCUUGUUGGUUCGCUCGGUCGUCGUGCAUGGUCCCCCUGUCAGUAGCGAGUUAGUCAGUCACGCUCGGGCACACGCGGGAUCGGGCAAUACCGUAACACGCUUCUGCUCGCGAGCCUAUAGUACGAGAGUCGUUUUGGUAUCAUAUGUACAAGUUCGUAUGAAACCUCCGGGACGGAUUUCGCCUGGCAAAAUCAUUAUCACGGCGACUAGUUUAACGCGAAGAAGGAUCAAGAGUCAAAAUGAAAUAAACGAAGAGCAUGCAGCGAGGGAAAAAAAGGAAUCGCGAAAUAUCGUGAAACCAGCAAAACUGGAUUUACAGGAGCAGUGAUUACGUCGCGGAUAUAUACAGGUGUAUAGUUGACCUGUUGCCGCGAUAUAAGCGAUGUGAAAUUGUCCGUGACAGAAGCAUUCGACAACUCGUGAAAGUACAAGACGCAUCUCGGCAUUAUUCUCAUCGCCACGAGUGUCUAUUUUGGUGUUGAAACGACAGAAAAGUGCUGGUGUAUCAUUGAACGGUUUGGUCCUAUGCGUUCUCGAAACUCGAUAUUCUUCCAAGAGAAUUUUCUCCUUCCUUUUGUUCGGUCUGCUCGUGAUGCGAGAUAUCCCAGUGGUGCUGGUAACUGGAUCCCCAUCAUGCUUCGCGAAGAAUUCGUGUGCUCUUUCGACACGAUACAUCGGGGAUAAAAUGUUAUCACGCGACGCUCGGCGGAUUGGAUAAGCGGGAGAGAGAGUGAGGGCGCGCGAAAUGGCUGAAGGGAAAGACGCACUCGAUAGAAUUGAAACGAAAUAAAAGGAGGAAACGCGACGGAGAGAGCAAGGGAAAGACGGCAUCCUUCUUGCUGCAAAGUCCUCGAGGACACAAUGCUCGUUGUCUUUCAUCCGCGCUAUAUAGCUCCGUGUGUACAUGUGGCCUGACGAGAACAACUGGGAAUCUCCGCUUCGCGCUCACCGGAUUCACCGUUCCAUAUGGGCUGCUCGCGAGUUCGCGUUAUAUCUCUUUUAUACACUAUACUACCGGAUUUACACACAUACACGUUUUAUACCUCUGGAUCGCUAAGAAGCUACCAGGAAUGAGCUCCGAAUUAUAGCUGUGCGUUGUGACUGUAUAUAGUAGAAGAUUUCAUAGAGCGUUGUGAGAGACACGUCAGUCCCAACAGCAGACAUCGAACUCGUGCCGCGCACGGACUUUCUAUUUUUUUUUUUUUUUAUGUGUGUGAGUUUUCCCUUCCUCUUUUUCACAUUUUUAUUGUCCUCUAAUCACAACAGCGUGACGGGAGCCCGUAUGGAACGUCCGCGUGUGUAUAACGUCCGAGAGAUAAAUUUAUAGAUGUACUACACGCGUGUGUUCGCAAAGUUGGCAAAUACAAAAUCAAAUUAUUCCUCUCGUUUGAUUAUUUCAUUAAUUAUUCGUUCGUACGUUUUUCGACGUACUUCAAUAACCGUACGAAUGAAAAAUCUGGAAACUCCGAACGCAACUGGUGACAGGAGCCAGAUGUACAGCUCGGAAAUUCUCAAGACUCUGUGGACUAAGAUCGGCCAAAUGUGCGGUUACAUCACUUGUGCCAAAUCCUAUCUCUCAGGGGUUUUGGAGAUGGCCGCGACCGAGAGCACGAUUCGAUUCAGCGGUCACACAUUGGACAAGGCAACCAAGGCCAAGGUUACCUUGGAGAAUUAUUACAGCAACCUGAUAGCUCAGCACAUAGAGCGUAAGCAGAGGUUAGCCAAAUUGGAGGAAUCGUUGAAGGACGAAGGUCUCUCGGAGCAACAGAAGCAGGAAAAGAGACUUCAACAUGCUCAGAAAGAAACGGAGUUUCUACGUUUGAAACGUUCGAGGCUCGGUGUCGAGGACUUCGAGCCCCUUAAAGUAAUUGGACGCGGGGCUUUUGGCGAGGUGAGACUCGUCCAAAAGAAGGACACUGGUCACGUUUACGCCAUGAAGAUUCUACGCAAAGCUGACAUGCUGGAAAAAGAACAGGUCGCUCACGUCAGAGCCGAGAGAGAUGUUCUCGUCGAGGCUGAUCAUCAAUGGGUCGUUAAGAUGUACUACAGCUUUCAGGAUCCUAUCAAUCUCUAUCUCAUUAUGGAAUUUCUUCCCGGAGGCGAUAUGAUGACACUUCUUAUGGAAAGAGACACAUUGUCCGAAGAGUCUACGCAAUUUUAUAUUUCGGAGACGGCUUUAGCGAUCGACUCGAUACACAAAUUAGGUUUUAUUCAUAGGGAUAUAAAACCUGACAACCUGUUGCUGGAUGCACGGGGCCACAUAAAGCUCUCGGAUUUUGGUCUCUGUACGGGUCUGAAAAAAUCACACAGAACCGAGUUUUAUCGUGAUUUGAGUCAAGCAAAACCUUCGGAUUUCAUGACAUCUUGUGGGAGUAGUAGCGGUGGUGCUAUGGAUAGCAAAAGACGAGCAGAGAGUUGGAAGAGAAACCGAAGGGCACUGGCCUACAGUACAGUUGGUACACCUGACUACAUAGCUCCCGAAGUCUUCCUUCAAACCGGCUACGGACCGGCUUGUGAUUAUUGGUCUCUGGGUGUCAUCAUGUACGAGAUGCUAAUAGGUUAUCCCCCAUUCUGUAGUGAGAAUCCUCAAGAAACUUAUCGAAAAAUAAUGAACUGGCGAGAGACAUUGGUCUUUCCGCCGGAAGUACCGAUCAGUGAAGAAGCCAAGGAUACGAUUGUUAGGUUUUGCUGCGAGUCCGAAAGAAGGCUGGGUUCUCAGCGGGGGAUCGAAGAGUUGAAGCUCGCUCCGUUCUUCCGUGGUGUCGAUUGGGAACACAUUAGAGAAAGACCCUCGGCUAUUCGUGUAGAAGUUCGUUCGAUCGACGACACCUCGAACUUUGAUGAGUUCCCGAGUGUCAAACUCGAAAUUCCUUCGGCACCGUUACCCCAAGACGGUGAGGUGACAUACAAAGAUUGGGUCUUCAUAAACUACACGUUCAAGCGUUUCGAGGGUCUAACACAACGGGGCACGCCGACGAAAAAAUAGCAACUCUCGAGCGCUUGCACGGCAAUCGGCAACCAGCAAAGUGAUUCAAUCGGUACUCCGGCCCAGGUACAUCAUAAUCCGCAUUGAGUGGCUGUUGAUAAAAUGUGGAUAUCGGUUCAAACGGACAGGAAAGGGGACCUGGAAUGGCCUAUCGAGGCAGAGUCCGAACGGCGGUGUGAAUCGUGAUUAUAAAAUUGCGCUAAACCGCAUGAACUACGAUUACCAUGGGCGUACGCAGUUGUAUUGUGUGUACGUGUGUGUCUCUUUUUCUUCUCGCUCUCCUGCCAUCCUCGACUAAGCUCUUAGAACAUCGGUACUCAGAGAUGAUGAACUUUCAUCAAGAUGUACCGGAUGAGAUUUCGUGCAGCGUAUUUGCACUUUGAAAAUUAGAAGGAUAAACCAAGACGUAUAAUUUACUACGACUAAGAACUACGAUACCGUGGAUAGUAAAGAAAAACAUUCGAAUUGAGGCAAAACGAUGCACGAUCGAGCUCUCUUUCUCUCCCCUUUUCUUCGCUCUAUUAUCUUUAAUUGUUGACUUUGGAAAAUAAUCCUUUAUUCAUUCUCUAUCGAUGCUGCUUCUUUGGCGCUUUUUCAUUGCUUAUACUUUUACCUUUCGUUCCGAUUAUCGACGAGGCGCGCUGUGAUAAUAUAAUUCUCGAUGAACAUUUACGAUUUUCACGAAAGUUCAAUUUUUUCCUGUGUUCUUUACUUUUUUUUGUUGUUUUAAAUUCUUUAUCGGUUCGCACAGGUUGGAUCGGACAAACAAGUAUAGAGAUAGGACAAGAAACUGGGAAACGCGAUCGUGUGUGCUAUCCGUGUGUUUUGUUUGGAAAAUAUUGGAUUUAUAAUCGAUUUUCAUCAUGCUUUAAUGCAUUAUCGAGCGGGGCUCGUUCAUUUGUUGCCCGAUCGAUGUUCCUAGCGUGCGCUUAAUGUAUUGUACUCCAGGAACGAUAACGAAAUAUUGAAGAUGAAAAAUUUGCGAAAAAAUCUGGCACCUUCGCGAGAGCAGGCGUCUCGAAACAUCUUGUUCUGUCGCCCUCGGCACCUAAAUCUCAUAAGUUUGAUGAUUCCCGGAGAAUCGUCUCUUCACACGCUUAUGUUAAAGUAAUUUUAACGUUGCGGCUUAAAAAUCGGGUGCGAAUUUUUCCCGCAAGAAAUUCAAUAAAACCAGGGCACCACACCGAAAGAGUUGCAUAAAUGAAUAAUAAUGAAGUGAAAAUGAAAACAGUUAAUUGUAGAUACGUUCUAAAUAAUGAAAUAACUGCCGUCGUUCCAGAGUGGAAAUUCCACUCUCCAAUGAUUUCCCGAUAUCAAAGCAGCGAGUGGACGAACAUGCGUUAUAAAAUACAAAGACAUUUUAGCUCGGGCGAAAAACAUGAAGAAUCGGAAUCGAUUAUUGUAAUAAACGAAUGAAUGAACGAGAAUAAGCAAAGAGUAUAGACGCGUCGCGUCACACGUCAAAUUGGCGAAUGGCCACAAACACACACAUACACACACGUUGAUAUUGUAUAAAUUCGAGACGAUGAAUUAGUUUCGUACGAUUUUGCCAGCGUUGAAUAUGAAAUAAUUAUUGAAUAUCAUACUUAAUAGGAGCACCACAACAGUAACGAGUUGAGAGGAGAAAAAGAAAUAAUAUUUAAAGUUUCAGUAUAGUUUCGGUGAAGCGGAGUGACUAGAUUUACUAAAUUAAUUUAGAUUAUUACGUACGACAAUUUGAGCUACGUUAAUAUUAAAAGAACAAAGAAAAAGUAAAUGAGAUAAAACAAUGAUAAACCACACGAUCUUGAGAGACUAAUAAUGAAAUCAACUAUUUUCUUCAUUAAUUGAACUAUAUAGACUAGGGAUGAUAAAAUCGAUAGGCCGUUUGGCGACUCGAGAUCCGAUGCAUACAUAUAUAAACAAAUAUAUGCGUGUAAAACCUAAAUAAAUUUAGUCACUCGAUGCUAUCAUUACAAUCGUACGUUACGAUAUACUUAAUCCAAAACGACGUCCAAUUUAAUCGAGUUUAGGGUCAAAUGAAAAUCAAGCGAUCGCAAAUUAUUUAUCUAUUCAAUGAAAAAAAAUAAAAAUAUAAAAAAAUACGAAAAGAAAGAAUGAAAGAAAUAACAGAGAGAAAAAUUAAUACAACAAUAGCCACGAGAUGCCUUUGACGCAAGAAUCUUUGGUGCCCUGGAGCAGCGAACGAAAUUACCUUAACAAUAGAUCGACAUUUUAUCACUACGUUCGAAUAUCUGUGAAUAUAUUAUACAAGUGAAGAACGAGGCGUUGCACGCCCUCGAAGACCGUUUGCUUCUCGGUUUGUUCUUUCCAAAAAAAUUAUGUUUCAAUUGGAAUUAUUAAGCGGUUACGCGAUACCCUAAUUGGAAACUCAUCGAUUGAAAAUUCAAGUUCGAUCAAUUUUUACAUUAGACGGAUUGAAACAUCAUGAGAUUAAGUUGUAUUUUAAAGAGUGUUUAGUGCCCAUUUACCUAAGUGUUACUCAUCACUUAGAACUCAAUUUGGAAGCGUCGCUCAAGCGUACCGUCAUUUGAUCAUUUUUUAGGCUGGGUUGUACUUGGGAAGCAACUACAACCGCACUCGACUCUUUUUUUUUUUAUAACACCCGAGAGCCAAACGUCUUUCGAGUUCACGCGGAGUAUGGUGUCUCAUGUGUAGACGUGAAAAAAUAUACGUGAGUGAUAAUUCAUCCAUUUAUCCAUGCCGCACAUCGGAUUUUCGAGUUUCCACACGUUAGACAAAACUGUCAUUGUAUUUAUCUAUGAAAAUUACGAGAAUAUGUUCGAUGUUCCAUAUUUUUUGCUCCUAAAAUAAGGGAUCAAAACUGAAGGCAGAGUCUUCUCUUUGGAUUAUCGAGCGCAAAAUUCGUGUAUUGGCCAUCAUCGAUAGGAAUAUCAAAAUUCAAUGAAAUGGAAAACCGAAAAGCUUCGAUGUGUGUAUGAUUUUGAGGAUCACUUUUCAACGCAUUAUUCUUCCAAAAUACAAUAUCCCCGGCGCUCCCGUAAGCCCCAUGAAUGCGGGUUGUUGGAAAAAAUAUGAACUGAAAAAAAAAAAAGAGAGAAACAAAAAUACCAAAAAGAGCGUUAUCACUAACUGUGACUGUAGCUUCGUUCUAGGAUCUCAGAUGAUUUAAUGGUACAAAGUCUUGAUGACCAGGCGCUUUUCUCUGGCACAAUUGGGCAAACAGAUAAUUGAGUAGCCACGUGUAUUGUGAGACCGCGUAACAUGCGCGUUCGAUUAACUCGUUGAAAUUUUCCCGCCAAUCAAUAUUAUUCUGGCCUCCACGUCCCCGCUCCAUUUGACAAUUAUUUCUUCGGCAAAAUCCUAGCAAGUCGGAAGCGUGGUACACCCUUGAAAGUUAAAUUCGUAUUUAAUCAUUGUUGCUUUUUGUGCUAAUUAUCAUACGAAAUAUGGAACGAAUUAUGGAGCUCUGAAAAAAGUGAGUCAAUUGCUCGUUCACAUCGAACAAUUGCGAGGGCGAAAAAAAAAUAAAUCAUGUAUAUUUGGAUAUAGAUAUCUACUUAUUACGCAUAGAUGUUUACUCGAAACAGAGCACUUUUCGAAUCUGCUAUUGUCAAAGGAAGGAUGAGACAUUCCUCGAAACUAUCGUUUUUUCAAAAACUCAAUCGUGCACAAUUUCUCCUUCUCUUUCUCUCCUCGAUUCAUCUUUACGUAUACACUGUGUCUUGCGCUGUCCGAAUCUCCCAUAGUACGUAUAACCCAACCUUCUCGCGUGAAGCGACUGUGUUAGAAAAAAAAAGAAAAAAAAAACAAGACAAGCGAAUGAUCGAAGGAUUAUUUAGCAGUAAGUGCUGCAGCGAGUAAGUUGAACUGGAAAAGGAGAAUCAUUGGUAGCGUUUCACUCGCUAUCAAUCGUAGAGGGAAUGAGAGACGCGUAUAGAAGAUUGAAAAAAAAACUUCGUUUUUUUGUACAUGUGAUAAUUAGGAGAAAAUAUAGACUCGGCGAGCUUCGGGCGAGCGGACGACUGCAAUUUUUAUUUGUCCCGAGGCCCCGAGUCUCUUAUGAUUGUGCGAGACGCGUGAUACGUAUAGAGAGGAAUUUGCCGUUAUUAAGAAACCGAUAUCGUUCAUAUACGUUUAUUCGGCGAUUAGAUUCCGAGCAGCAUCUCUCGUCCAUUGCGUGACGACCGUGACGACGUCAACAAAAUACGAAAAGAAAGAAAAUAAAAAUAGCGAUAAUGAUCCCAGCAGCACACGCGCGCCACCCAACAGAUUGUAUAUAUUUUCGUACUACGUCUCUCUUCCUCUUUGGUGUUUCAUCGUUUUUUUUUCUUUUAAUUUUUAUUACGAAUCAUGAAAAAGGACACACGCGCACAUGCGUACACAAACACGACGAUGGCCGGAGGAUGCUUUCCCACGACACAACGCAACAUUCUUGAUUUUCAUGCCCACCAUCCCAUUAUUUUGAUUGUGUUGUACAGUGAUUGUAUUUUCUUUUGCCACUGUUUUUUAGUUGAAUUUGAACUGUGAAACUGACACGAGGAGAUUAUUGUAGAACGAUAUAGUUUUUAAGUAGAAACGUUCUCGUACGGUUGUCGCGGAUAGAUCGUAAGAGUACACAUAUUUCGGUAGGCCAACGCCAGCGAAGAGAGAAGGGAGGCGAUGUUGUGGCAACACAUCGAACGAGCGCGUUGUUGGGCCAUGCAGCGCACACUCACGGGCGUCCGAUGUUGAAAAAAAAAACCACGAGUAACGGAUCAGCAUCGAUUCCAAGUAUUUUGCACGUUUAUUGUGAGGACGCGAUGAAAAAAUAAUAUUAAUAGAACGAGGAUUCAGAGUAACGAAAUAAACACGGGAGAGAUCGCGAUCGUCGAAUGAUUUGCGGUGUGAAUGAGAAGAAUAUUGUGUAAACGAGAAACAAAGUGACGAGUGGAUUGAAAUAUUUUAUAGUAGGCUUGUGAUAAAAUUAAAGAAUUAUUAUCGAUCGAUGAAAUGAUGAAAAAAAAAAAAAAAAACAACAACAAAAAACAAUGUAUAAAGAAAAAACAUUGCUUUCCACAUGCAGAAUAUACUAUUGUAAUUAUGUCGUUAAUAAAUUGUUUUUUAUUUUA